AUGCUUUUUUCUUCCUGUACCGCUGCCCUGGCAUUGGGCCUGGUAGCGUUGGUCUCAGCCCAAGACACAACGUUCGAGCCGCUUGACUUUAACAUCACCGAUGCCCUUCUUGACCAAGGCGUCAACAUUUCCGCAUUGCCUGAGCUGGAGUCCUUGGUCACGAGAUCCUCGACGGCUGGUUGCUCGAUAGCCUGUGACUCACUGAGGAUCCUCUUUGGCUCCUCUUCGGUAAUCAAGCAAAGCGACGCAAGCUACAAUGGCUUCACGGACAGCUACUGGUCCGCCCAGCAAGGCAGCGUCGACCCAUUCUGCAUAUUCAAGCCAUCGAAUGCACCCUCGGUAUCGAUAGCGAUUUUGAUUUCACGACUCACUCAGUGUCCUUUUGCCGCCAAAUCCGGCGGCCAUGCAGCCUUCGCGGGCGCCUCCAACAUCGAGGGCGGCAUCACCAUCUCGCUAGAAAGACUCGACACCGUCCAACUCUCCGGCAACAAGAAGACCGCCGAUGUUGGCCCCGGUAACAAGUGGUUCGACGUGUAUACCGCUCUGCAACCCUCGGGCGUGACCGUCAUAGGUGGCCGUGUUUCCGGCAUUGGUGUUGGUGGCCUUACUACCGGUGGCGGCAUCUCGUUCUUCUCGAACAUCUACGGCUGGGCGUGCGACAACGUGGCCAGCUACGAGGUUGUCACCGCAUCCGGCCUCAUCAUCACAGCCAGCCCUAGCGAAAAUUCCGACCUCUACUGGGCUCUCCGCGGCGGAGGUAACAACUUCGGCAUCGUCUCGAAAUUCACCAUGAACGCCAUCUCCCUGCCCGGCGGCCAAAUGUGGGGCGGCGGCCGAGUCAUCCUCGAAGACAAUUUCGACGCCGUGGUCAACGCUUUCUACAACGUGGGCGUCAACUCACCCUCCGAUCCCAAUGCCGCGCAGAUUCUCUCCUUCGCCUACGUCCCCUCGGCAGAUCUCAAAGUCGCGGCCGCCGACCUGCAGUACGCCAAACCCGUGGCCAACGCGCCCAUCUUCUCAGAGUACCUUGCCAUCCCCGCCAUCUCGGACACCACCAGAGUCCGCACGCUGGCCGACCUGACCCAGGAGUUCAACGCCAGCAACCCCGACGGCCUGCGCGAGACCUACUGGGCAGCCACGUACAAGCUGAACAAGGCCCACACGGCCAAGGUCCGGGACAUCUUCUUCGAGGAGAUCCAAUCCAUUAAGGACGCUGCCGGCCUCGUCCCCGCCGCGACCCUGCAGGUCAUCACGCAGGGCCAACUGGCGGCCAUGUCCAAGAACGGAGGCAACCCGCUGGGCCUGCCGGCGUCCAACGGCCCCUACCUCCUGCUCAACAUGAACAUGAUGUGGACGAACCCGGCCGACGACACCCGCAUCCUCCAGUGCAACCAGCGCAUCAUCGACCGCACCGUCGCGCUCGGCAAGUCCAUGGGCCUGUUCGAGGACUACAUCUACAUGAACUACGCGAGCCAGUACCAGGACGUGAUUGCCAGCUACGGCGCCACCAACAAGGCCAAGCUGCAGAGCAUCGCGGCCAAGUACGACCCCACUGGCGUCUUCCAGACGUUGGAGCCUGGGUAUUUCAAGCUGAACGGUCCGCCCGUCAGCGGCAAGCCCUAG